ACAAUGGAGGUAUAAAUAUCUGAUUAAGAAAUCUGGUAAAGAGAGCUGUAUUUUAUCUCAGUAAUGGUAUUUCUCAGUGUUUGUAAACUCUUAACCAGAAUAUUCUGGGAUUUCUCAGUCUGUGCGUGAGUGAAAACAGCAGAAAUAAGUGAGCAGUGUUUAACACACAAGAUAAAGACCCAACCCUUUUGAAGCAUCACUUAACCUGAAUUUAAAUAAUAAUUUCUAGCUGAUGUAUUUUGAAGUUCGGGUAUUACAUGUUUUGUUUAAUCAGGUCUAAUUCUGUGAGUUGAUUGGCCAAUUGUAAAGUAAAAAUCGGAUUAUUGAUCUACUUAUGUAAACUCAGUUUUCCCGUAAGUUCAUGUUUAUGCACUAAAUAUGUUGUGCAGUACUAGUGCUCCUCAUUUAUCCUUUACAAUGGCUGCAAAUAUUGACUCUUGUUUCUGUUUUAUGUGCACAGUACUAUUCAUAUACAGCUCUGGAAAGAAAAGGGACCACUUAAAAAUGAUAAGUUUCUUUGAUUUUGCACCAGGAGUGAAGGCAUAAAGUUAUCCAAAAGCAGUGUGUAAGACUGGUGGAGGAGAACAUGCCAAGAUGCAUGAAAACUGUUUAAAAAACAGGGUUAUUCCACCAAAUAUUGAUUCUGAACUCUAUAAAACUUUAUGAUUAUGAACUUGUUUUCUUUGCAUUAUUUGAGGUCUGAAAGCAUGGCAUCUUUUUUGUUAUUUCAGUAAUUUCUCAUUUUCUGCAAAUAAAUGCUCUACAUGACAAAAUUUGUAUUUGGAAUUUGGGAGAAAACAUGAAACUACAAUGGUCUCUUAAUUUUUUUCCAGAGCUGUAUUUAUUAUGUAACUACAGCAUCUUCUGCUGUCUAAUCUUCAUAAUCUACACAUGCCUCUGGUCUGUUGAUGUCUGCCUAUUUACCAGGGAGAAUUAGAGGAGCUCAGGAGUUCAGGUGUCUUCUGUGUUGUCUUACUUCAGUUAAAAGCAGCAUUGAUGUCCAGAGCAAUUAGCUAAUCUUGCUCUCUGCGAGGCUGGGAUUGCAGAGCAACCUAAGCUUGAAUGGCGUAAUGGGAUUGCAGGGGAUGUCUGCAUCCAUUGUUGAUAGCCACGAAGGGACAUCUCGAUGUCUGCGGCCUCGCCGGCAAAUACAAUGCUGGACACAGCAAAGAAGCAAACUGCUGCAUGUGUGGAGCGACCUGGCUUUAGACAUCACAAAAAAGAGAGCUAUGUGUGCCACCCACCUCUGUCCCGGCAGAGCACAGAGGGCAGCGAGGAGGGCACUCCGGUCCGCAAACUAAACGGCUCCCCCAUCGAGUGUCCCAGCCACCAGAACCUCCACAAAGAGCUGCUGCUCAGCCAUAAGAGGGGUCUGUUGCUGGAGGAGAAGCCAGAGCUGCAGAGAGUCCUGGAGCAGCGCAGGUUGGAGCAGCACCGAGAGCAGGAGCUUGCCCUCCGACCCCCAUCUGACCUGGAGCAGGAGCUUCGCAAGAGGCAGCAGAGACUGCAGGAGUACGAAAUGGAGGAGAUAAAACGUCGAGAAGGUCAGGAGAACGUCCCUGAGUUUGUGCGGGUCAAGGAAAAACUGCGGCACAUACAAAUGUCUGAGCAGAACGACUGAAAGGACAACACGGCAGAGUUGUGAACUUUCUCUGGACGUUUAUUCCGAGCUGUGAAUAAGUGUAUUAACAGCCAGGCUUCUCUCUGUAUUAAUUAUAAAUCUGUGUAUAGAUUUAGAUCACAUAUACAAGCUAAGAUACAGGCUAAGAAUACACUGUAGAUUACUUGUGUAGGCUGUGACGAGAGAUCUGGUGUUGCCCACAUUAGUCAUGUAGCUUUAUUAAAUCCAAGAAUUAUAAUUGAAUGUAGCUUAUAAAAUAGUAAUGUAGCAUAUUUUUUCUAUUUUCUCUUUUUUACUUAAAAAAUAAAAAUAAAAACUUUUGAACAUUG